AUCUGUCAACCAAGGCAAGGCAGGUCUAAACUCAGAGCACCGCCCAUAAUCUUUGCUCGCAUUUUGCACCUGUCACGCGUCUUCCAGGCACUCUCAAAACACAUCAUCCUAUAGUGAGCAGACUCAUACCCGGGUAAUCACCUCUUGUGUCGCUCACCCCUCAAGAAAGGGCCAAGGAGACAUCUUAAAUGAAUAUUAUGCUCUUGAAAGGAAAACUCUUUCGCACUUUUCUGCGCUCUUUUCGUAAUCCGCCAAUGCAAUGACCCUGCGAACAACCUGAGUUUCAACAUCAAAGGCGUGAAGAUAUUGAGGAUCAAGGAAAAAUAUUUCAAAAAGAAACCAUCUUAAGAGCCCAAUUAACAUAUAUCAGAAGGACAUUUACAUAUGGUAUGUAUUUAAAAGGGUGGCAUACAGUAUCAGUAUCAGUACAAUAUCAGUACUAGAGCAUUCCGCUGAACAGAAUCGGUGACUAAAGGGAAUCCUAAACACCGUAGUCACAAGGAACAGUCAGAGAGAGAGAGAGAGGGAGCAUGUGUUAAGUAACGGACGCGGAUGUAAACACGCAGUAAGCAGCAAUCGUCUACUGCGCAAAGGUGUUUUCUCCAGACCGCUCCGGCUGAAGUUUCCUGAUCCGAGAGACGGCAACGAACGGCGCAUUUUGUGAUGGCUCCUGUUGGCGAAGUGGGAAGCUUCUUGCACGGUAUCGAAGGUUUCGGACACGUCGGAUCCCAUUUUGUUCUGACGCCCGCCGGGGAGAGUACAGCUCUGUUGGGCGAGCACCUGGUCCCGGCGGAGAGACUUUCCCGGAGUACCUCCGCGGAUUUAAUGCAUUUAAAGGGGAUUCUGCGUAGAAGACAGUUGUACUGUAGAACUGGAUUUCACCUGGAAAUACACCCAGACGGAACCGUGCAGGGGACGAGAAAAGACCACAGUCGAUUCGGUAUUUUGGAAUUCAUCAGUCUUGCAGUUGGAAUGAUAAGCAUACGAGGGGUGGACAGUGGACUGUACCUGGGAAUGAAUGACAAAGGAGAACUAUACGGCUCUGAAAAGUUAACAGCGGAGUGUGUCUUCCGGGAACAGUUUGAGGAGAACUGGUACAACACCUAUUCGUCCAACCUCUACAAGCACGGAGACAAGGGCGCCCGCUAUUUUGUGGCCCUGAACAAGGACGGUACGCCCCGAGACGGGACGAAGUCGAGGAGACACCAAAAGUUCACGCAUUUCCUCCCGAGGCCUGUGGACCCGGACCGGGUUCCGGAACUUUACAAGGAGGUCCUGGGACACAGCUGAGGGGCGGCGGUGGCGGCAGCUUAUUUUAUUUUCGGCGAAGGAUGAAUUGGUGCUGCAGUCCACGAGUUCCGUGGAAACAGGGAUGUAAGCGUGUUGUGGCUCCCCCCCGGUAGCGGGACAGAGGAGGGCCGAUGGCGGGAUAGCACGGGCGGGGAGGGGGGGCUCCCCUCCUGGGAGCAUAAAAGGAGUGCUCUCAGAAGCAGGAAGGACAGUCUAGAAUGUCAGGGUUCGAGCCGAGAGCCAGGAUCCCAGAGCCAGGAGGUCCUUUUCUGUUUGAGGCUGGUCUGUCGCUGCUCGGAGCUGUGGGUAAAGGCAAGGGGGGCGCGGAUUAGCUUCAGAGUUGCUAGCAUCGCCCCCAUGGAGCAGAGCUGUUAGCAUCGCCCCACAGAGCGGAGCUGCUAGCAUCGCCCCACAGAGCAGAGCUGCUAGCAUCGCCCCACGGAGCAGAGCUGCUAGCAUCGCCCCACAGAGCGGAGCUGCUAGCAUCGCCCCACAGAGCAGAGCUGCUAGCAUCGCCCCAUGGAGCAGGGCUGUUAGCAUCGCCCCACAGAGCGGAGCUGCUAGCAUCGCCCCACGGAGCAGAGCUGCUAGCAUCGCCCCACAGAGCAGAGCUGCUAGCAUCGCCCCCAUGGAGCAGAGCUGUUAGCAUCGCCCCACGGAGCAGAGCUGCUAGCAUCGCCCCACGGAGCAGAGCUGCUAGCAUCGCCCCAUGGAGCAGAGCUGCUAGCAUCGCCCCACGGAGCAGAGCUGCUAGCAUCGCCCCACAGAGCAGAGCUGUUAGCAUCGCCCCACGGAGCAGAGCUGCUAGCAUCGCCCCACAGAGCAGAGCUGCUAGCAUCGCCCCACGGAGCGAUGCUUCACCAGGAGGCAGGCCGAAGCCAGGCGAGGAAGGUGUGCAUGUCCGCAUUGGAGCGGAUUAGAGACUGUCGGAUUGUCUCUUUCUCUCUCUCUCUCUCUCUCUCUCUCUCUUUCUCUCUCCCUCCCCCUCUCUCUCUUUCUUUGAAACUAUAAUGUGAUGGGACAGUAUCACUGAUCGUGGACCAAGAGGAACUGUGAAGGAAUUACACUGCUGUGACAUCGUGUCUAACAGGGCUGUGUGGGUAAAAAAAAAAAAGCAGAAAGCGGUUGUCACACAUUUAUCAUUUCAAG